GCCAUGGCGUCGCCGCUGCCGCUGCGGCUGCUGCUGGCUGCCGCGCUGCUCGCCUCCUGCGCCGCACAGCUCGACUACGCCGAACCGCCCGACAAACAAUUGGUGUUAAAAUGGGCAGACCAGCUUGGAGAUGAACUAUGGAGACUAACUACAUCAGUAACAAGAGCACAUGAUGUUCGAGCUAGAUACAAAUACUUGAAUGCAAGUGUCAAGGAGAGAAGUGGUGCUGAACUUCUUAAAGCUAUGAUUGAGAAUGUUGAGCGAAUGCUCAAGUCAAAAAUUGUUUCUGUCAAGUGUAUAAUGCAGAAAGCAGAGCAGCUGGCUGAAAGCUUUGACCCUCUUGAGUAUGUGAACUUCACAUAUCACAGUGCAAAAUGUUCUCCUGUCAAUGAGGAGCCAUCAGACUCAGAAUCAUGUGAUGAUGAAUAUCCGUAUGCUCCAAUGUAUCUGGAACCUGAUCGACAGUUUAGUAGCAUUCCUGUAAACAGGAGUCACAGUUCAGUCCACGUGCCCACCAACGUUUUUGAUUUAGGAGGGGAUGUGUAUGAUGGAAUUAAGUGGUCAGAGGGGCUAGAUGAAGUAUUCAUUCAGAAUCUUAAGAGUGAUCCUACCAUAUCUUGGCAACUAUUUGGUGGUGCUACAGGAUUUAUGCGGAUGUUUCCAGCCAUGAAGUGGGCACAACCAAUAGAUCUGUUUGACUGCCGCACACGCUCCUGGUAUAUUGAAGCUUCAACUUGCAGCAAAGAUGUUGUCGUCCUGAUGGACACCACGGGAUCGAUGAAAGGCCUGAGGCACACGAUUUCCAAACACACAGUGCGCACUAUUCUUGAUACACUUUCCAAUAAUGACUUUGUUAAUGUCUUCAACUUCUCAGAGAGAGCCCAGGAGACUGUGCCGUGUUUCAAGAAUAUGCUAGUACAGGCUACUUUGGAAAAUGUAAACACCCUGAAAGAUUCUUUGGAAAUAAUUGACCCAGAAGGAGUUGCCAAUUUUUCCCAGGCUUUUAUUCAGGCCUUCAAACUUCUGGAGAAAUCUAGAAACGAGCGUGACUGUGGAGGAAAUGGUACAAGACUGACCUGUAAUCAAGCUGUGAUGCUGAUUACAGAUAGUGUAACAGGGAACAUAACUGAGGUUUUUGAGAUAUAUAACCGUUUAAAUAAUGGUAGUACAAUUCCUGUCAGAGUCUUUACAUUUCUAGUUGGUAGAGAAGUUACAAAAGUCAUGGAAAUUAAGUGGAUGGCGUGUCUAAACAGAGGUGUAUUCAAACACAUUCAAAGUCUCAAUGAAGUGCGAGAGACGGUGUUUCAGUACAUCCCAAUAGUUGCACAACCAUUAGUCUUGCAAGGCGAGGUACAUCCUGUUGUGUGGACCCAUGCAGAUGCUGAUGUUGAGGAUCCAAAGCUAGCAAAAUGGCUAUUUGAUGUGAUGGAAAAUUUAGAACAGAAAGAAAAGCUAGAUAAACAUUUCCGAAAUAAAGAACUGUAUUUCAGCCAACGUGAGGAGGACAAUGUUUAUAAGCAGACUGUAGUCAAGAAAGUAUGGGAACCAGAUGAAAUCAAAUUCCAGGAAUACCAUCUUGUUACCUCAGUGUCUGUUCCAGCAUUUGAAAGAAGAAUGGAGUAUACAACAGAUAACAAGACAGAAGCUCCUUCUCUUCUUGGUAUUGCAGGGAUUGAUGUUCCUAUUCCUGAAAUUGAGAAACUCACAAUGCCUUACAAAAUUGGUGUCAAUGGCUAUGCUUUCAUAGUUACAAAUAAUGGUUAUGUUUUACUUCAUCCUGACCUUCGCCCAGUGUCAUAUGGUUACCUGAAAGACAACUAUAAUAGUGUAGACCUGACUGAAGUGGAACUUUUUGAUAGCAUGUCACCUGCUGCACCACCUCGAGAGUUGCCAGAAAAAAUACUAGAGCUGAGGGAGAGGAUGGUAAACCAUGAGGAUGGAGAAAUAUUAAACAUUUCCAUGAAAUAUCACUAUGAUGACAUGCGACGUGUGAUGAGUGAAGAACGGAACUACUAUUUUUCCGGGUUGGAAGGCACUCCAUUUAGUCUUGGUAUUUCUUUGCCUGAAGGUUAUGGCAAGUUUUAUUUAAGAGUGAAUGACAUAAUAAAAGAUCAUGCUCGGAAAGGAAAGCCAGUUACCAAUUACUUCCAAGGAAAUAACUGGAAAGUGCAUCCAAACUGGUUGUAUUGCAAAUACUUCCAUGGCUCUCUCCACAACUUUACUUCACCAGAAAGAGAAGUGUACCACUUCUUGGAGAGUAUGAGCAGUACGAACUUUCAGUGGAAGGAAAUGUUUGCUGGUGAUCCCAUAGGUCAAGAAGAGGAUUACUCCACACGCUCAACUACACCUGUGAACUGUGACAGACCAGAAAUUACAGAAGAUGAAUAUUACUGUGAGAAAGAACUGAUGCAAAUGUUAGUGUUUGAUGGAAGACUGACCCAUGAAUUCUUUGGUGACAGUUGGUCAUUUGAGAACACUGAAGAGUAUUUAAUAAAACUUUACAACACUAGCCUUAAAUUUAUGGCAACACAGAGUGGACUAACAAGAUGGCAGUAUAUAAUGGAUAUAGAAGAAGGCAAGGACGAAAUCUCAGAGUUUGGUGACCUUUUCCCUCAUUCGGUGGAGGAGGCAUGGUACAAAGCUGCAGUUAUUGAGCAUAAACAUGAUCCAGAGUCAGUUGUCAUUUCUGCUCCUUUUGAUGCAGGUAGAAAGGAUGAUGUUCCCAUAACUAUGAGUUAUGCCAUAUUUCCACGAGAUGCUGGUAAGGAGGCACCAGCAUCUGUAGUAGGACUUCAGAUACAGCACAGGGCUCUUUAUGAUCGAUUCAUGUCCAUCACAGAAGAGGGUACUCACCACAAAAAUAAAACUUGCGCACAUGAAGGACUGGACUGCUACUUACUUGAUAGCAAUGGCUAUAUAGUGAUCUCAGAGACGCUGGAACAUAUUGGACAAUUUUUUGGGGAAGUGGAGGGUGCUGUGAUGAAAGAAAUGGUGGAGCAAGGCAUUUUCAGAGAAAUUCCAAUCUAUGAUUAUCAAUCAUUGUGCUUCACCAUGGUCCCAGACAGUAGUGCUGCUGGUGGACUCUGGACACCUGUUGCAUAUGCGCAGUGGCUUAUCAGUGAGCUACUGUUGGCUUUGCUCCGAAUAAAUGUACAGCAGCUCUGGUCUCUAAACUCGGCAACAGCCACACCUCUUGAGUACUACGAUGAUGACUAUCUGGAGGAGGAAUUCACUGAACAGCCAGAACAGACAACAUUUGGGCCUACUACUGAGGCCCCAAAGAAAAAGAUGAAAAUGAAGAGGGUUGCCAAACCAUGUGAUCAGAAGUACAACUUAUAUGUGUUUCAUCCAGAGUACCUGGAAUGUAAAGAUUUCCAGUUUACCCCAGGUCACUGUUCGAGACCAUACAUUCCAUGCCGUGUUCCAAACACAAGUCUACUACUGGUUGUGGUGAAUUCUAUGCGUCCAACUUGCUUUAGCCAUCUGAGUGCUAAGUCUGAAUUAGUGGACUACAAUGAUACAGAACACCCCUGCCACAAACUACCACUGAACAAACUACCUCGGAGUCGAUUCUCUGCAUGUUUCACUGAAGAUCCAAGGGAGGAAUUGGAUAAGUACUGCGGGGCGGCUGCAGAAACAAAAGUCAGCCAUUUUGCUCUGAGUCUGUGUGGAAUUAUGUUAUAUGUCACUUCCAAGAUACUCUGAUGCUGGCUGUGACUGUUUUGGGCGACUCAGAACAGUCACAAGUUAUAUAAAUUCCUGUUCACAAGUCAGGUUUUGUUCACCUGACUGUUACAUUUCUUUAUUCAUAUGGUCCAAAAAUUCCAAGAAUCUCAUGGUAUGGUGAUCCAUAUUACUGUUCAACACUUGUGUUUAUUUGCUAUUGCUGCACAAAUGUUUAUAGAACCAAACCAGAUGAAAAUGUAAAAACAAUAUACACAUAUUAAAAAUGAAAUGUUUUCACAGGAAUAAAGUUCUACACUUUGUAACAAAGUGUGAUUGCUAUGAAUUCUUUUUUAAAAACAUAAUUCAAACUUGUGCUAUGAUUUCCUUUUAAAUAUAAUGUUAUGAAGUGAAAUGUAUAAGAAAGAAAACAAUUUUUUUUAGAAGUUACUUAAAUGAUAUUAUAAAGCUGUUGAAUAAUGGGGGUCCUAAUAUGACAGUGAUGCAUUAAGAAACACCAUUAUACAGCACGUAAGUUAUAUGUUUGAAUAUACCUGUGGUGAAUGUUACGAUACAAGCAUUAGUGAAAGUACAAACAUGUUACAAAUCCAGUAAGUCAAUCAGAAUUUCCAUGCAGAUUAUGCAGAUGAACUGGUUUAAUGUACAUUAAAUAUUAAGUAACUUUUUACUGAUAAUGAAACACUAUUUACAAAGCAGAAUGUUUUUUUUUAUUAAGAUGUGAUAAGUGCUGUAGAAAAAGACACGUAAAAAAAUUGGUUCUUUCAUGUAAAUAAAAACUGCAACUGCCUAUCUUAUAUUCUGGCACAUUCCCAAUUGUUAAAGCAUAGCAUUGUAAUUUUUAUUUAUACAAUACAGUCAAAAGUACAAGAAAAAAUAAGACAUAAACACAAAAUAGACAUAAUACAAAUGAUCACUAAACUGACAAGCAGUCGUUAUAUGAUAAUGUUAUCCAGUUGAGGUUUGAUGGUGUAUCCAUGAAAAAGUUGUUUGGAUCACUCAGGUAGACUCCCAGUAUAAGCUCCUUGACAACUCCAAAGGUUGUAUGCACACACUGUUGCUGUCAGUGAUGAAUUUGCUAUUGAAAAGCUGUUGGACCAGUUGCAGGCCUGGAUUUGUGGAACGUAGUCAGUUUGUUGUCAACCCAGGAAUGUCUUCAUGGAUGUAAAGUUGAAGAUGGUUAAUUAUUUUGGAAUAUUCCUUCAGUAGGACUUCUUGUCCUCUUAACAGAGGAGGGGCUAUGUAGCUGAGUGUUGGAAGCCAGUUCAUGGAGUUGUUCUUAUGCAUCCAGAGAUGAUUCCCAUGGUUGUAUUGAGAGAGUGAAUCUUUUUUAUGUGAGGGCUGUUCAACUACACUGGAGUACAGUAUUCAGCCUUGGAAGAUACUAAACUGACUGCAGAAGUUCGAAAUGUGUCUGCUUAUACUCUCCAGUUAGUACUGCAGAGUUUACAGAUAAGUUUGUUUUGUGUGUUUAUUUUCCAAGAAGUUUUUCAAGAUGCUUCCUGAGAGAUAGUGUCCUUUCAAGGGUUGUUCCAAAUUAAUUUGGAUGACUCUGGUAGGGAAGGACUGUGUCAUUCAUAAGGACCUUUAAUUUAUUGUAGAAGUGGAACAUGCUGACUUUGGUUUUAGAAAGAUUGGGUACAAGUCUCCCAAUUGUAAAAUGUUUAUGUAGUUGGUUGAGUUAAUUAGUUAAAGAGUGUUUUCAGCACUUUUGAAUUCCUUAUGCUGAACGGUAAGUGCUGGAUUGUCAGUAUAUCCAAAUUUCUUUGUGCUGGUUUCAAGUAUGUCAGAAAUACAAAAGGUUGAAAGAUAGAGGGGAUAUUACUGACACCUGAGGUAGUUUUCUUAGUUUCCUGUGUAUUAUUUAAUUAUUUUCUUUGCUUAUGAGAUUUCCUGGACUGCUUGUUAUGGCCUGUCUGAGUGUGUGUUAUUGAUUAGGCUCAAUGUGGUUUGGCAGGAGAUAGCUCUGAUCAAAUUAUAUAAAAGCCCUUCUGCCCACACUGUGUCAUAAUUGGCAGUCAUUGACAAAGGCUACAGAUAUCUUCAGUUGUUUCUUAAAUCCAGCUUCAAUGUGUGUAGCCAGGCUCAGAACCUGACUUGUGCAGCUACUGUUUGGUCUGAAACCUGCUUGUUCUACAUGAAUGUUUUCCAGAAUUCUUGUUCUUAUCCUGUUUAACAGAAGUCUCUCUAAAAAGUUUGUAGCAACAGUUUAGAAGAACUGCUGGGUGAUAAUGUACUUCAAAAACACAAAAAGACAUAAAAUAAA